AUGGACAACAGUAAAGUUGCCGAGAUCAACAACGACAGCACAUCCACAGGACAUAUCGAAAAGACUCAGCCAUGGAAGGCGUACUGGCCAGCACCACGUGAACCUCAAUCCCAGGCCAACCUUUUCGGCUUCAAGAAGGGCGAGACCAUGGUCUUUGAUGGCAACGCAGGCAACUUCUUCGCACGUGACAAGUGGGAGGUUGAGCAGGAGAGUGCUAGCGAAAAGUGA